UUCAGUUUGCUGUGAACACCGCCUAGGGAGUGUUGUGUCUGAAGUUGUUUUGUUUACACACGACCGCUUUGCUGUUUGCUGUUUUUGAAAAUGAUAAUAUGGAUUCUCUGUGCGGUUGUGGUAGUGGUGCUGUUGGUUCUCUACAUCAGACAGUUCUACUCGUUAUACAAGGAUGGUAUUAAGUUCCACACACCUGUCCCACUGCUGGGCAACAUGACCUCAGUCAUGUUACGUCGUGAACACUAUGUGUACAAUCUACAGAAGUAUUAUAACAGUUUUCCUGAAGAAAAGUUUGUGGGCAGAUUUGAAUUCAUCACAAAGUUUAUUUUAGUUCGUGAUAUUGAACUGAUCAAGAAGGUCGCUAUCAAAGACUUCGAGCAUUUCACCGAUCACCGCAGCUUUGAUGGCGAAUCUUUCUUCAAAAAGACUUUGUUUCUUAUGAAAGGGCAAGAAUGGAAAGAUAUGCGCUCUACGUUGAGUCCAGCCUUUACAAGCUCUAAGAUACGAUUAAUGGUACCUUUCAUGAUGGAGGUUGGAGACCAGAUGAUACAUUCACUAAACAAGAAAUUGGAGGAUGCAAAAGAUGAUUAUGUAGACAUUGAUUUUAAGGACCUCACAACACGGUACGCUAAUGACGUGAUAGCAUCAUGUGCGUAUGGUCUUAAAGUAGAUUCUCAGGCUGAGCCGAAUAACCAAUUCUACAAUAUGGGCAAGACUCUAUUUGAUUUCAAUUUCGUUAGAAUGAUUAUGUUCUUCGUUUUGUUGAAUGCACCAAAAGUUGCCAAGAUGCUUAAUUGGGAUAUUGUACCAGCUGCGGUGAGGACAUUUUUCACAGAUUUGGUGCUGGACACGAUGAAGGAUCGACAGCAACGAAAUAUCAUCAGACCAGAUAUGAUCCACUUACUAAUGGAAGCUAAAAAAGGAAAAUUAUCACAUGACGAUAAACCCAAUGAUAAUUCUACUGGUUUUGCUACUGUCGAAGAAUCUUCAAUCGGAUUAAAAAAAGUAGUAAAUCGAGAUUGGAGUGACAUCGACCUAAUUUCUCAAGCAUUCAUUUUCUUCAUCGCUGGCUUUGAAACUAUUUCAACUGCUAUGUCUUUUAUGAUGUAUGAGUUGGCAGUAAACCCUGAUGUACAGAAUCGUUUGGUACAGGAGAUCAAGGAAAAUGAUGCUAAGAAUGGUGGCAAGUUCGACUUCAACUCCAUUCAGAGCAUGAGCUAUCUGGACAUGGUUGUGUCAGAAGUUUUAAGACGAUGGCCACCAGCUAUUGCUGCUGACAGAGAAUGUAUAAAAGAUUACAAUAUGGGCAAACCAAAUAAGGGUUCUAAACAAGAUUUCAUUAUUCGCAGAGGUACUAGCGUCAUGAUUCCAACUGUCGCCAUCCACAACGAUCCUCAGUACUUCCCACAACCUGAAAAGUUCGACCCUGAGCGCUUCUCUGAAGAAAACCGACACAAGAUUAAUAUGAAUGCCUACAUCCCCUUCGGAAUUGGUCCUAGGAAUUGUUUAGGUUCAAGAUUUGCUCUCUGUGAGUUGAAGGUGAUGGCAUACCAGCUCUUACGCCACAUGGAACUGUCCCCAUGUGAGAAGACCUGCAUCCCUGCCAAACUUGCUGUUGACAACUUAAACAUCAGACUUCAUGGAGGACACUGGCUUAGAGUUAGACCUAGAAAGUGAUAAACAAGGCAUUUAUGUUAUUACACACAUAAAAAAUGUUAUUCUUAAGAUCUUUCACUGUAAAGUUCUCAACAAUGUGCUCAACCAUAAUUAUUCUAUGAUGUACAUAUGGCGUCUCAUGGCGA